CGAGUUCACUUGUGGCCGGGUUUCAGAUGAAGUACCGUACUUUUCUUGGACUUACGAAGCUCUUUUAAAGCACCGAGGAAGGCUCGACCGAGGGACUCUUGGAGUUCUGUUCGCGUUCCAACCGCCGUGGAAGCUCUCCGUUCUUCCUGCCUGCACAUCCUGCGGUGGCGCAUGAGCGCAGGUGUGCUUCAUGCUGAUGUGAUCCUCCCUCUCCGCUUGCCGCCCUGUCCGUCCUCGCCCCGCCCCGUCCCCCGGCCCCCUCCUCCUCAUCUCCUGUGAAAACAACAAAAACAAACUCUUGCGCGAGUAAUGUGCGACAACGGCGACCCCGAGGACAAGCCCCCCGCCCCGCCGGUCCGUAUGAGCAGCACCAUCUUCAGCACCAGCUCCAGUAAGGACUCGCUGUCGGCGAACCACAGCACCAAGCCGCUGCCGUCGGUGCCGGAGGAGAGGAAGCCGCGCAGCAAGAUCAUCUCCAUCUUUUCCGGGGCGGAGAAAGGCGGAAGAAAGAAAGAUCGAGAUAAGGAGCGACCGGAGAUUUCGCCACCCUCCGAUUUUGAACACACCAUCCAUGUUGGCUUUGAUGCUGUCACGGGGGAGUUCACUGGGAUGCCGGAGCAGUGGGCUCGGCUACUCCAGACCUCCAACAUCACCAAGUCGGAGCAGAAGAAGAACCCGCAGGCCGUGCUGGACGUCCUCAAGUUCUACGACUCCACAGGCAACGGGCGGCAGAAGUACCUCAGCUUCUCAUCUUCUGAAAAAGAAGCAUUCACUCCAGGGCCACAGUCUCCAGUCAAAAAAGGCGCUGAGCCAACAUCUCCGACCAUCAAAGACAUUGACGACGACGAUGACGAUGAAGCCCCGCCUCCCGCCGUGGCUCCCCGACCAGAACAUACCAAGAGUGUGUACACGCGCUCCGUCAUCGACCCCCUCCCCGCGCCCAGCCUGAGCACGGACGGCGAUGCGGCGUCCAAGGCCGCCGACAGACAAAAGAAGAAGGGCAAGAUGUCAGACGAGGAGAUCAUGGACAAACUGAGAACUAUAGUCAGCAUUGGCGACCCCAAGAAGAAAUACACCAGAUAUGAGAAAAUUGGGCAGGGAGCUUCUGGAACAGUCUUCACUGCCAUAGACGUUGCCACGGGACAAGAGGUGGCCAUUAAACAGAUCAACCUCCAAAAGCAGCCCAAGAAGGAGCUGAUCAUCAACGAGAUCCUGGUGAUGAAGGAGCUCAAGAACCCCAACAUAGUCAACUUCCUCGACAGUUUCCUGAUGGGGGAGGAGCUGUUUGUGGUGAUGGAGUACCUGGCGGGCGGCUCACUCACCGACGUGGUCACGGAGACGUGCAUGGACGAAGCCCAAAUUGCCGCCGUGUGCAGAGAGUGUUUACAAGCGUUGGACUUCCUGCACGCCAACCAAGUCAUCCACAGAGACAUUAAAAGCGACAACGUGCUGCUCGGCAUGGACGGCUCUGUCAAGCUCACCGACUUCGGCUUCUGCGCCCAGAUCACUCCGGAGCAGAGCAAGCGCAGCACCAUGGUGGGAACGCCCUACUGGAUGGCCCCUGAGGUGGUGACCCGCAAGGCCUACGGGCCCAAAGUGGACAUCUGGUCGCUGGGUAUCAUGGCCAUCGAGAUGGUGGAGGGAGAGCCCCCCUACCUGAACGAGAACCCGCUACGAGCCUUGUAUCUGAUCGCCACCAACGGGACGCCUGAGCUGCAGAACCCCGAGAAGCUGUCGCCGGUCUUCCGGGACUUCCUCAACCGAUGCCUGGAGAUGGACGUGGAGAAGCGAGGCGGCGGCAAAGAGCUCCUGCAGCAUCCCUUCCUGAAGCUAGCCAAGCCGCUAUCCAGCCUGACGCCGCUCAUCCUGGCCGCCAAGGAGGCCAUGAAAGGCAAUCGUUAGAAGACCGCACACGCGCCACAUACCAUCCAUUUCAAAUUUGUGCCAGACUGAAAGUAAAACAAUGAAAUGAAAUGAAAAAAAAAAAAAAUAAAUCAUCACUGUGAAGAAGACCAAAAAUGUCAAGCACGAAACACACACACGAUUCGCUGUCCAUAUGAAGUGUGACAAACUCUGGUUAGGACUGGGCUUGUAUUUAAUGAAGAUGAUGCCUUGUUCUAGUUUUUAGCGUUAUUGUCUUUUUUUUUUUUUUUUUUUUUAAUCGACUGCCUUAAACAAAUGCAAAAGUGUUGCCUAAUGUAUUGUUGAUUUGCGUGUGUGUGUGUCCCUUCCCCACUGUGAUUUCUACUACCCUUUUUGUAAUUUGACCUUUUCUCCGCUCUGUCAGCGCCUUUUUAGUUCUUUUGAUACUUGAAUGUCUUUCUCUCUCUCUCUCUCUCUCUCUCUCUUUCCAUCUCUUGUUCUAUUUCAUUCGUCUGCUUUUAUAGGAAACAAUUCAAGAGCACGACGGCGUCUUUCUGUUGAGUUCACACACGUUCACUGUACCACGUUAGUCCUUUGAUAGCAGAGGUGCACCUUACAGGAAAGUUCAUAUUACAUGGACCGGGUUUAUAUUUUCCUCUCUAUUGUUGAUAUUAAAAGUGGGAAAAAAAAAAAAUCGUAACCGCACGUAU